UGGUGCAACUAAUAAGAACGCGAUCUAGCAGGCGAUCCCACUGUGACUUUUAUUUCCAAGUCCUGGAAUCCGGAAUCAGACUGAUCGUAAUCACACAUGGAUUAUACUCUUUUCGCAGCUUUUUAUUUGUUUCUGCCUUAGAGGAAACUUUCUUACAAACUGUUUUCAAGUGGGACUGCUUCCUGGUGUCAGAGCCAUGAUUUGCUUGUUAAGAUGGACAGCUUUCCUUUGGACUGUAAAUUUCAUUCCUUGCACAUUUGGAAUGUCAGUGAAUGAACGACCAGAUGGCUCAUGUCCCCCUCUGAGUGUAGAGGAGCACAGGUUUUCUGAUAUCUUAGAUCGUCCCCUGGAAAUCAACGGAUUUGAUCUCACUGAAAAGUUUCUUCUCCGAAAGGGGACAGUCACAGAGGACCUGUCAUCAUUUCGUUUAGGAAGCAGUCCACUCAUUAAGCCGACAAAAGUAAUAUUUCCAAAUGGGCUUUCGGGUGAAUACUCCCUUGUCACUAUCUUCCGGGUAAGAAGAACUACAAAAAAAGACCGCUGGUAUCUCUGGCAGAUAUUCGACCAGUCGGGAGGCAGUCAGGUAUCUGUUGUGGUUGAUGGUGGCAAGAAGGGGGUGGAGUUUUCUUUCCAGGGCCAGCUAAAGAAUGCUCUCCGCUACACAUUUAAGAGCCGUGACCUACAUGCCCUUUUUGAUCGCCAGUGGCACAAGCUGAGCAUUUCUGUACAGAGCAACAUAGUCUCCAUUUACAUGGACUGCAGGCUAAUAGAAAGCAAACAGACUGAUGAGAAGGACAGCAUUGACCCCAGUGGGCGCACUCUCAUCACUACACGAGUGGAGGAUGGACGACCUGUAGAUAUUGAGCUGAAACAAAUUCUAAUCUACUGUGACCCUUAUAUGGCUGAAAUGGAAAAUUGCUGUGAGCUAUUGGAGCCAAAGUGUGAAGCCAUGAAGACCUUUAAUGGGACUUCCCCUCCCCUGGUUACAGCCCAGCUCCCCCAGAUGCUGUCUCAGCCGACCUCACAGUCAAUUGACAGAUGUCACUGUCCAGCUGAAAAGGGAGAUGCUGGUCUUCCAGGUGUAGUUGGACUGGCUGGACUAAAAGGGGAUAAAGGAGACAAGGGGGACACAGGGGAGGCCGGGCCUUUAGGAAACCCAGGACAUAAGGGGGAACUUGGAUCAGAAGGGCAAAAUGGAAUCGAUGGGGAGAAGGGUCUGAAAGGUGACCCAGGGCCAGUUGGUCCAGUUGGUCCAGUUGGUCCCAAAGGAAACAAAGGUGAUGUGGGUCUUCCUGGAGCUCGGGGGCUGCCUGCUGACAAAGAGUGCGUCAAAGGAGAUCAGGGCCCUCCAGGUGACAAAGGAGAAAAGGGAUUGGCUGGGGUGCCAGGAGAACCAGGCAAAGAGGGCAAAAGGGGACGGAGAGGAAAGACUGGGGAGCCUGGACUCAGAGGCCUGCCUGGUCCCCCAGGAACUCCGGAAGGAGCAAGUGUCAAGGUGGAGACGGGUGAGCCUGCAGUCCCAGGGGGAAAAGGGGAGAAAGGAGAGAGAGGAGACCCUGGCCAGCCAGGUGCUGAAGGGGCCGGUGGGAUGAAAGGACAAAAAGGUGAUGUUGGCCUUCCUGGUCCUCCUGGGCCUGUGAUGACUGCUCACGGAUUGAGACAGCUCUCUGAAACUGAUGCAAUGACGGAGAAGACACAAAAGGGAGAAAAAGGAGAUGAGGGGGAGAGAGGACCACAAGGCUUCAAGGGAAACAUCGGGCCGCCAGGACUCAAGGGAGAUCAAGGACCAGAGGGCAAGCAAGGCCUGCCUGGGCCCACUGGACUACCAGGACUCUCAGGCGAGCCAGGCUCGCCAGGGGAGUCAGGGAUGCCUGGGAGAGAUGGCCUGAAAGGAGAAAAGGGGGACUCUGGUGGAGUAAUGGGGCCACAGGGACCUAAGGGUGAGCCUGGAGAGCCUGGAGGUGGAUAUAUGGGCGAUGGGCUGUCUGUAAGCAGAGGGUCUCGUGGGCCCAAGGGUGAGAGAGGUGUCCCAGGUUUGCCCGGAGACCAUGGUGAUAAAGGCGAACCUGGAGAGAGUAUCAUAGGCUCGCCUGGCCGCAUGGGACCCCCAGGAAAGCCCGGAAUUGAGGGCCCUCGCGGACCCCCAGGUUUAUCUGGCCCUCCUGGAGUUCCAGGAAAAGAGGGCUCCCCUGGAUGGCCAGGCCCCCCGGGCCCUGCUGGACCUCCAGGUGAACCAACUGCCCUGCCAAUUGUUGGAGACAUGGGUGCAUUACUCAAGAAUGCCUGCAGUGUGUGCCAGACGAGAGUCCCAGGGCUUCCUGGGCAGAAGGGAGAGAAGGGGUCCCUUGGAGCGCAAGGAGUCGAAGGCAUGGUGGGAGAAAAGGGAGAUCCAGGUGUAAGAGGUCCCAUGGGUAACCCUGGAAAAGAAGGCCCAAAGGGAGUAAAAGGAGAGAGAGGAUUCCCAGGCCCCACAGGAGAUAAAGGUGAUGAGGGGACUGCAGGAGUACCAGGACUUCCUGGGGUGACCGGUCGUACAGGGGCCCCGGGGCUUAUGGGUAGACCCGGGCCAAUGGGCCAACUAGGAGGAAAAGGAGAAAAAGGAAAUGAAGGACCCCCAGGCAGGCCAGGGCUUCCAGGGCCUCCGGGUGUACCCAGUGUGGAGGGCAAUGGGAUGAGCAGUCUGUACAAGCUGCAGAGUGGUGGAGCUAUUUUAGGACCCCCUGGAGCUCCUGGCGCUCCGGGUCCCAAAGGAGAUGAAGGACUUGCAGGGGACCCAGGGGCCAUGGGAUUACCCGGGCUUGAAGGGCUACCCGGUGCCAAGGGUGAUAUUGGUUUGCCUGGUCUACCUGGUAUACUAGGUCCUCCUGGAAAGCCCGGCCCUCGCGGAGAGCCAGGGAUCCCAGGAGAGCCGGGUGAGAGGGGGCCACUCGGAGAGACAGGAUUCCCAGGGCCCGAGGGACCCCAAGGUGUUCCUGGGAGACCUGGAAAAGAUGGAACUCCUGGAUACAAGGGAUCUGCAGGUGCAACAGGGGACAGAGGAUCCAAAGGAGAACGUGGUGAUCCAGGGAUUCCUGGAGAAAGAGGUGUUCAAGGCGAGAGGGGUCGCUCAGGAGAUCCUGGCCCCAUUGGACAGAUCGGACCUCCAGGCCAAAAAGGCGAUCCUGGCCCUCCAGUAAAUUUGGACAAUGUAAACCUUUUGGGUGAUCCCAGCUUCAUGGAAGAACUCAAAGUGUUUAUCAGAACUGAAGUAUUGAGGGUCUUCGAAGAGAAGCUAUCAAGCACUGCCACGCUGCAGAAGACACCUGCAGGGAUCUUAGCUUCACAGGUCCACGGGCCUCCAGGAGCUCCCGGAAAGGACGGAUUACCAGGUCCGCCAGGAGAGCCCGGACCUCCUGGUCCUCAUGACCCAUAUAUCAAUGCAGACUGAGGGGCGGGAAGCAGAGGCAAGGCCAGGAGUGUGGUGCACAGCAGCUCUCUGGGAAAUAUGAAGACAAACGAAGAAUUGGCUGUGAAUAAGAGAAACUAUUAUCAAUGUGGACAGGAAAGAGCCCCAGUAUUGAUACCUCACUCCAGGAAAAAGAAAGCUUCUAAAGUAGAAAAGGAGCAUAGUCAGUGAAGAGGGUCGACGUUCUUUAUCAAACUGAUACAACUUUCUGACUGCUCAUACAACACUAAUGGUUUGCCGGUUAGGCUUUAUACCUCAAACUUGCUUAGAAUUGUAUUGUGUCGCAGCAGAACUACGGUGUCUUAACUUUUGAAGAGGAGUGUGUUCCGUGUUGGUGCAGAUCAAAGCACCACUGCAUUGGCCUUUCUCUUUGAGCUUUGUAUCUACCUCACAUUAUUCAAGACCAUUUACCCUUUAACCCACUGCUAUAAUAUAAAAUGCUGCUUUCAUUCAUAAGUAAUGUAGUUAUUAUACUACUCGACUAUAAAUAUCUGUGUUGUGUUUAUGCCAUUUGCAUUACACAUGUAUUGGAUUUUGUUUAGCUUGUUUUAUUUUUUUAUGCUUCCAAAGACUGUUUUAUAGGUUAUUCUUAGUGCAGCUUUGCAAUAAAUAUUUAUUGAAAACAAA